ACCACCGCCACCACCGCCGUAGCUGUAGCCGUAGCCUUCGUCGUCCCGCCACCCGACGCAAUACGAAACGCGGUGGUGCACGCGCCGCCCGGGCAGAAACACGGGCGCGCGCUACGGCGAGCAAAUAUAGAGGUAGUAUACGCGGGCGGUACGGGGCGGGGUCUGGACCGCCGCGGAGAAUUGUGCGCGCGCGCGCGCGCUCGUACGGUCGCUUGACGGCAGGGCGAAAGCUAGCGGCACGCACCAUCAGCACCACCGACAGCGACGGCAGCAGCGGCAGGACCAGCAUUUGGAGCAGCCAGCCGGCGGUUGGAACGGCAGUAUUGUGGUAGUGGCGCAUUUGGACGCACGUCUGUGUGUGUGUGUGUGUGUGUGUGUGUUUGUGUGUGUGUGUGUGUGUGCGUGUGUGUGUGUGAGCGUGUGCGUGUGGAAGAGAGAGAGAGUGAGAGAGAGAGAGAGAGAUAAAGAGAGAAAAAGCUGCGCGUGCGUGCGUGGGUGGGUGUGUGUGUGACGGCGCGCGCCAAAGACGUUCCGCCGAGUACAUAGGGACAGGUUUUCGUACACAGUCGUACCGCGGUUACCGCUGUCGCAAUACCGCAACGAAAACAGCUCAUCAAUAUAAUAUUAUUAUUAUUAUACGGGCAUCCCAUAAAAAUAUAUUACAUAGUUUCCGUGGACGAGACGUCGUCGUCAUCGCCUGCCGUCGUAUCACACUAGCUGCCUUCACCUUAGGAACCGGCUCCCAUCCGUUGAACAGUCGCGGACGCUCGCUGCCGCCGCUCUCUGCAGAGCCGCUGCGAGGUUUUUCCGUCUCUAUUUUUUUCCGGCACGUGCCACACCGACCACGGACGGCACUGUUCCGGUCCACCACUACCACCGUUGAAAUGGACGCGACGGUCGGCCACCGUCUCGCGGAUACCCAUCGGCGCCACAACACCGGCGACAGACCCGGCGACCAGCAGCUGGUAUACGGCCGUCAGCGACGACAGGAUGACGGACGUCAGAAGGAGCCACUGAUCGUUGUUGGCCACAACGCGUCCUGUUGUUGAUAGGAGACCGGACGUCGACGACGAGGACGGGUCGCGCGCGCCACCGCAACCGCCGUCGCCGCCGCUGAAUGGGACAUGGGAAUACUCCCGUAUCUGCUCAUCGUCUACCUGAUCAUUGCAGAAACGCUAUGCGGACCUCACGAGAAGCGAUUGCUCAACGAUUUAUUAGACCCUUACAAUACACUAGAGAGGCCAGUAGCUAAUGAAUCGGAGCCACUUCAACUUAGUUUCGGCCUUAUGCUCAUGCAAAUCAUAGAUGUGGAUGAAAAAAAUCAGCUGUUGAUAACCAACAUGUGGUUAAAAUUGGAAUGGAACGAUGUCAACCUCAGGUGGAACCAUAGUGACUAUGGUGGUGUAAAGGAUUUGAGAAUACCGCCGCAUAAGAUAUGGAAACCAGAUAUGCUCAUGUAUAAUAGCGCUGACGAAGGUUUCGACGGCACGUACGCAACCAACGUGGUGGUCAACAGCAAUGGUAGCUGCGUAUUCAUACCACCGGGUAUUUUCAAGAGCACGUGCAAGAUCGAUAUCACGUGGUUCCCCUUCGACGAUCAAAAAUGUGAUAUGAAAUUUGGCAGCUGGACAUACGACGGAUUUCAGUUGGAUCUUCAACUCCAAGAUGAUCAUGGAGGAGAUAUCAGUGGUUUUAUUACUAACGGUGAAUGGGACCUGCUUGGCGUUCCCGGAAAGCGCAAUGUGAUCUACUACAGUUGCUGCCCCGAACCGUACAUAGACAUAACGUUUUCCAUCCUAAUUAGAAGGCGCACCUUGUAUUACUUUUUCAACCUGAUAGUCCCGUGCGUGUUGAUUGCGUCUAUGGCCGUACUAGGAUUUACUCUACCGCCGGACUGUGGCGAAAAGCUAUCUCUAGACAUGAGAGCCACGAGAAGCUUGAAAAACUACUCUUGUUGUCCGAAUCCGUACGUGGAUAUCACUUUUACCAUAUUCGUUCGACGCAGGACAGUUUAUUACAUCGUCAACUUGAUAUUGCCGAGCGUAACGCUGGCCGCUAUGGCCAUGCUCGGGUUCACGCUGCCCUCAGAUUGUGGCGAGAAAAUGACCUUAGGAGUGACAAUCCUCCUAUCACUGUCCGUAUUCUCACUCAUGAUAGCCGAUGCCUUACCACAAACAUCUGAAGCUAUCCCCUUACUAGGUACUUAUUUCAACUGUAUCAUGUUCAUGGUUGCAUCGUCAGUCGUGUCCACAAUCAUGAUUCUGAAUUAUCAUCACCGUAAUGCGGAUACUCACGUCAUGUCCAAAUGGGUGAAACUCAUGUUCCUGGUGUGGAUGCCGUGCUUGUUGUGCAUGAGCCGACCUGAUCGCGACGAGCCACCCAGCAAUGGGAACAAGUCGUCGGACUCCAAGAACAAGUCGGCGGCGUCGUCCAUCCACCACCUGCCUGACCUGGAGUUCCGGGCCAAGUCGUCCAGGAGCCUACUGGCUAACGUGCUCGACCUGGACGACGACCUACGCUCGUCCACUCGGAGCUACCCGGGAGCCCGGAGCCAAGUGGCGCCGAUGCCCGAGCACGUGUUGGUCGAACAGCAGCAGCAACAGCACACGAUGUUGACCGGCGGCGGAGGCGGAGCGGCGUCGGCGGUAGCCGCGGCCUCGUGUCUGGGGCCGCACCGCGAGCUGUCGCUCAUCCUCAAGGAGCUCCGGGUGAUCACGGACAAGCUGCGCAAGGACGAGGAGGACGAGGAGACCACCAACGACUGGAAGUUCGCGGCCAUGGUGGUCGACCGCAUGUGCCUGUACAUAUUCACAUUCUUCACGGUGGCCGCCACCAUAGCGGUACUCAUGUCCGCGCCACAUGUCAUCGUCACGUGAUCACGCCACCGACGUCAUCGAAUCCGGUUCCGGCUUUUAUAUAUAGAUUUUGUUAUAUAUUACAAAAUAAAAUGGUUGCGGCGGAGCAGCCAUAUUAUAUUGUAUGACGACCACAUCUGAAGUCGCAUCUGCUAGCUCGCGGAAAAGUGGCAUGUAGAAAUCGAUGUGGUACCGUUUUAAAUAUAAUAUUAUACGCAUACGAGAUAACUAUAAUAUUAUUAAAAAUUAUUAAAUUAUUAUUAUUAAAUAAUUAUUAAAUACUCCUCCUAAUAUUAUCUAACAUUAUUAUAACUAUUAUAAUUUUUUUUCUUGAAACUACUUCUUUUCUGAUGAUGGUUAACUAAAGUAUAUAUAUAUAUCUAUAAAUAUAUAUCUAUUUGGUUUACUAUAUGUAAUAAUAAUAAUGAUAUAUAUUAAACUGCCCCUGCUCCUUGAAACGAAUUAAUGAACGCACAAAAACAAUUUGAGUAGAUCGUACAUUAUUAAUGUUUAAAUCUGUUCCAUAAAAUAUUAAACCGGACACGUUAAAGUGUAAAACAUAAUAUUAUUUACAUAACCGAUAAUAUUAAAAUAAUAUAUCCGUGCGAAUAACAUUUCAAAAACAAACAUAAUAUUUUAUACAAGAAAUUAAAAUAGGCAUAUUUAUACUAUAAUAUAACAAACCAAUUAUUGAAUUUACUACAAAGUUGGUACCUAUACCUACGUUUCGGUGUACGAUAUUGUCAAAUUUUUAAAAUAUAUUUGUUAAUUUUUUGCAUAUUUUCAUAAGAUCGGAAAAGUUAUAGUUGAAUUUGAUGUAGUUAAACUGCCAUGCGAAUAUAUUAUAUUCGUUUAUUCAUUUUUUUUCAUCUUAUUUAAGGAAUAAGGGCACUACUUAUCAAAAAAAAAAAAUUUCCUAUUUGACAUCGGAAUUCUCAUAAAAAUAUUAUACACAUUCUAGAAUCGAUAAAUUUUUCAUUGUCACAGCGUCGUAAAACCAACAACAUGUCGUGACACUAUUAAGUUUUAAAAUCAGUAAUUAUUACUAUAGCGAUAUAUUAUCAUAUUAUAUAACUGGACAUCGAGAUACAAUAUGAAAUUUCUAUUACUAAUUUCCAAAAAAAAUUGAUUAUUCUAAAAUUUUUAUUUAGCUUAGUAUAAUAGUGAUAUUGUAUUUUCACAUAAAUUCACUUCUUUAAAAUUAUCUAACUUCUAUUGCAUAUAAUAUUGAUAAUAUUUUUAAUUAUUGAUAUUGGGUUCCUUAAUAUUAUUGAUUUAACUGUGAAUAGUUUGAAAUACAAAUUCGAUUUUCACACCAAUGUAAACACAUUUUGCCUCGAACCGUCAACAAUAUAUUUAGUUUAUUAUCAUUAAUAUACCUUCCCACACAGUGCAAAAACGCUUAUAUCAAAAUGCACAGGUUUCGCAGCUGCUCUGAAAAUAAAACAAAGUACAAGUACCUACCUUCUCCGAGUGGCUUGAUUAUCGACAGUCAUUGUCUUUAGAUGCCCACCUAUAAAGUAUAGGUUCAAUAUAUUACUCUAAGUACUUAACUAUUUUUGGUUUUAAUAAUUAAAAAUUAAAAAUGAUUUUAAACAUCUUUGGCUUUGCAAAUUGCUUACAUAACGUGUGUUGCUAAUUUAAUUUAUUUAUUUUUUAACGGUGAUAAUAAUUAUUAAUAAUAAUUUUUCAUUGGGAAAGUAUUUCACUGAUAUAGAAAUUGCAAUAAAUUAUAAGUCUGAGAUGAUGAAAAACCAUACCAUUAUAGCGUUUUAAACGAAUUUAAAAGUCUACUUGAACAUUUGUCUGUAGUAGGAAAUGGAUUUUCCCUCACGAAAAAACAAUCCAAAUGUCAAACUAUGUUUUAUUUCAACUUCGGUUCUUAAUACCUAUUUAUUUUUAAAUAAUGUGCUGAUAAAACGUAUAUGUAGCUAUAAUUAAUAUUAGUAUAAUUAUUAGAUCGUAAAUAUUUUACUGGAAUACAUGUGUCAAUAACUUAAUUUAUUCCAUAAUCUAUCUCUAUAAUAAUUAAUAAAAUUACUAAAUAUUAUACAAUUAUUUGUCAUGACACCCAAUUUUUGUGUCUUCUUGCUCAAAUUAAUAUAUAUAUAUAUAUAUUUAUAGACUUGAUAAGAUCAUAUUAUUAGUUUAGCUAAAACGAUUUGCUUUUUAUUAUUAAUUAUCUGUGAAGGAAGAAAUAAAUAUAGAUUAGUCAGACACACCUUAAUAUCUAAUACGUAACUAAAUAAAUAGAUUAUUAUGCGAUCGGAUUAUACAAAUAAUCGUAUUUAAAAUUAGUACAAAAUCGAUCACAUUAUACAUUGUUUAUAUAUUUUUUAGACAUGUAUUAGAGUACUUAACUGUUUUAUUUUACGUGCACGUUUUGCUGUGACAAUCUUAAAAUUUUAACAUCAUAACGCCCAACGGUAAAUUACAAUAGUAAUACUAAUAAUUAUUAAAAUUAUUAUCAAUAUCAUUAUUAUUAUUAUUAUUAUUAUUAUUAUUAUUAUUAUUAUUAUUAUAAAUUUAACUAUUAAAAAUGUCUAAUGCAUUAAAUGACAAAAUCUUGAGUCGUCUUCCGGUUCAAAUAAAUGUCAUAAAACAAAAACAAAAAAAUAAAUGAAAAAUAUAUAGGUUAUAAAAUACUUAAAUUUCAUUUGAUAUAUAUACAUAUAUAAAUUAUAUACUACAUUAUACAAUUUAGUAGGGAUAUCAUAGAAUAGCGAUUUGGAAUUAUUUAAUUUUCUUCGAUGAUGUUUCAUGAUUGAUCGUUAACAAA